CAGGGAAGGGAAGGUGUAAAAGGACAAAUUGGUGAUAAAGGAUCACAAGGAAUGCCGGGUCCAAGAGGAGACAGAGGGCGCGAAGGAACCCCUGGGAAGAGUGGACCCCGAGGAAUUAAGGGAAUGAAAGGUCAACAGGGACUUCAGGGAAUGAAAGGAGAGGCAGGCAUUGCGGAAAUGAAAGGCGAGCAAGGGGCUGUGGGAAUGAAAGGAGAGCGAGGCAUUGCGGGAAUGAAAGGAGUGCGCGGAGCUGUGGGAAUGAAAGGGGAGCGAGGCAUUGCGGGAAUGAAAGGAAGAAAAGGAGACAAAGGAGAGAAAGGAGAAAGCGCCAAAGCAAGUCAAGCGAGUGUAGUACCACAAACCAACUGGAAACAAUGUGUGUGG